UUUCCACUUAUCAUUUAUUGGGUCUAGCCCUAGUUGGGUGACAGGGAUCGUCACCAAUACAGUUCCUGAUCUGGGUUUGAUUGUGUUCGUGGCGUUGCUUUCUCAUGGAAAUGGGUUGGUGCAAAAUCGUUCUCCGCCCAACCAAAUCUUCGCUUCCACUUCCCGCAAACAAUCAAAUCCGUCUGUAAGACAGAGUUUGCUUCUCAUCUCCUCUUCCUCACUCUGCAGAUGCCUGAAACCAACUUCCCAACCUCUCAUCUUUUCAACCACUACCCUCCAAUGCUUUCACCGCCCUCUCCCAAACAUCGAUUCCGUUCAUCUGGGUUCUUCGUUUUCCAUAUAAAAUCACCCACAAAUCCUAAUUCAAGGCCUGCUAGAGUCAUUUUUUGAUUUGGGGUUGCAGAAUCAAAGGCAAUCCAAGGGACUGACUGGCAAGUGAGUACCACAAUGAUGGUUUCUGAUAUCCCGAUUUGCCACACUUGUGGUGAGCAAGUCGGAGUUGAUACCAAUGGAGAGGUUUUCAUUGCUUGCCAUGAGUGCCAAUUUCCCAUUUGCAAAGUCUGCGUUCAGUAUGAUAUCAAGGAAGGCCGCAAUGUUUGCUUGCGGUGUGGCUCGCCAUUUGACAAGAAUUUACUGAUGGAUGAUACAAAGACAUCAGGAAAUCAACACACCAUGGCAUCUCAUCUCAGUCAUUCUCAGGAUGUUGGAGUUCAUGCUAGACAUGUCAGUAGCGUAUCAACUGUGGAUAGUGAAUUGAAUGAUGAAUCUGGGAAACCAAUAUGGAAGAAUAGAGUAGAGAGUUGGAAGGAUAAGAAGAACAAAAAGAAAAGAUCUACUGUGAAGACAGAACAAGAAGCUCAAGUUCCACCCCAACAACAAAUGGAAGAGAAACAGAUUUCAGAGGAGGCUGUAGUUACACACUCAUUUUCUUCAGUUUAUCCGAUUCCGUCGAGCAGAUUAACACCAUACAGAAUAGUGAUAAUCAUGCGAUUGAUCAUUCUAGGUCUUUUCUUUCAAUAUAGGAUUACAAAUCCUGUUGAUAGUGCUUUUGGUCUAUGGCUCACUUCUAUCAUAUGUGAAAUCUGGUUCGCCUUCUCCUGGGUGUUGGAUCAGUUCCCUAAAUGGUUUCCUGUCUGCAGGGACACAUUUAUUGACAGAUUAUCAGCCAGGUUUGAAAGAGAGGGAGAACCUUCCCAGCUUGCUGCUGUGGAUUUUUUUGUGAGUACCGUUGAUCCGUUGAAAGAACCUCCUCUAAUCACUGCGAAUACUGUGCUUUCAAUCCUUGCUGUGGACUAUCCUGUCGAUAAAGUCUCCUGCUAUGUGUCUGACGAUGGUGCAGCUAUGCUCACAUUUGAAUCUCUAGUCGAAACAGCCGACUUCGCAAGGAAGUGGGUUCCAUUUUGCAAAAAAUUCUCCAUUGAACCCCGAGCUCCCGAGUUUUACUUCUCCCAGAAAAUAGACUAUUUGAAAGAUAAAGUACAACCUUCUUUUGUAAAGGAACGUAGAGCUAUGAAAAGAGCUUAUGAAGAGUUUAAAGUACGAGUCAAUGCUUUGGUGGCAAAGGCUCAAAAAACACCUGAUGAAGGCUGGUCCAUGCAAGAUGGAACAGCUUGGCCAGGAAACAAUCCACGUGAUCACCCUGGAAUGAUUCAGGUUUUUCUUGGAAAUACCGGCGCCCAUGACGUAGAGGGAAAUGAACUUCCUCGACUAGUCUACGUCUCCAGAGAGAAGAGGCCUGGUUACCAGCAUCACAAAAAAGCUGGUGCUGAAAAUGCUCUGGUAAGAGUAUCUGCAGUCCUCACAAACGCCCCCUUCAUUCUCAACCUUGACUGCGAUCACUAUGUUAACAAUAGUCAAGCUAUACGUGAGGCAAUGUGUUUCUUGAUGGACCCACAAGUUGGCCGAGAUGUAUGCUAUGUUCAAUUUCCUCAGAGGUUUGAUGGCAUUGAUCGAAGUGAUCGAUAUGCCAAUCGCAACACGGUUUUCUUCGAUGUGAACAUGAAAGGAUUGGAUGGUAUCCAGGGACCAGUUUAUGUUGGUACAGGUUGUGUUUUCAAUAGACAGGCACUUUAUGGCUACGGACCUCCUUCCAUGCCUAGCUUAUCUAAGACAUCCUCGUCAUCUUGCUCUUGGUGUGGCUGCUGCUCUUGCUGCUGUCCUUCCAAGAAGAUCUCAAAAGAUCCGACUGAGAUUCAGAGAGAUGCAAAAAGAGAAGAGCUUGAUGCUGCAAUCUUUAACCUCAGGGAAAUAGAUAAUUAUGAUGAGUAUGAGAGAUCAAUGCUGAUUUCUCAACUGAGCUUUGAGAAAACUUUCGGAUUGUCGUCUGUAUUUAUCGAGUCUACGCUAAUGGAAAAUGGAGGAGUAGCAGAAUCUGCAAAUCCGUCGACUUUGAUCAAGGAAGCAAUUCAUGUCAUUAGUUGUGGUUAUGAAGAGAAGUCCGCUUGGGGAAAAGAGAUUGGUUGGAUAUAUGGGUCAGUGACUGAGGAUAUCUUAACGGGUUUCAAGAUGCAUUGCCGAGGGUGGAGGUCCAUCUACUGCAUGCCAUUUAGGCCAGCAUUCAAAGGGUCCGCACCAAUUAACCUUUCUGAUCGUCUGCACCAAGUUCUUCGAUGGGCACUUGGAUCUGUUGAGAUUUUUCUCAGCAGACACUGUCCAUUAUGGUAUGGAUUUGCAGGCGGCCGCCUCAAAUGGCUCCAAAGAAUGGCUUACAUAAACACCAUUGUCUAUCCCUUCACCUCGCUCCCUCUUGUUGCUUACUGCUCAUUGCCUGCAAUCUGCCUGCUCACAGGAAAAUUCAUCAUUCCAACGCUCUCGAACCUAGCAAGUACCCUUUUUCUCGGUCUCUUCUUGUCCAUCAUUCUCACGAGUGUCCUCGAGCUGCGUUGGAGUGGUGUUAGCAUCGAAGAUAUAUGGCGUAACGAGCAAUUCUGGGUCAUCGGAGGCGUCUCGGCGCAUCUCUUUGCUGUCUUCCAAGGUUUCCUAAAGAUGUUAGCUGGUGUCGACACCAACUUCACGGUUACCACAAAGGCAGCCGAGGACACCGAGUUUGGAGAGCUUUACAUGGUGAAAUGGACGACACUUCUGAUCCCUCCGACAACCCUUAUCGUCGUCAACCUGGUCGGUGUCGUUGCAGGAUUUUCUGAUGCAUUAAAUGGUGGAUAUGAAGCAUGGGGUCCUCUUUUUGGCAAGGUAUUCUUUGCGUUUUGGGUGAUUUUUCAUCUCUAUCCAUUCCUCAAAGGUCUCAUGGGUCGCCAGAACAGAACUCCAACCAUUGUUGUUCUUUGGUCAGUGCUGUUGGCCUCAGUUUUCUCACUUGUUUGGGUGAAGAUUAACCCAUUUGUGAACCAGGUUGACAGUACAACCGUUGCACAAAGCUGCAUUGCUAUAGAUUGUUGAUUAGUUUUGAAGAAAUUUACCUAAAAUCUUCAAUUCCUCGUC